AUGCAGAAAAAUUACUUCUUAACAGGCCUCAUACUAUGUAAAAUUUUGAAUUAUACCAAAAAUAAAAGAGCUCUAAGAUCGUUCCUGCUAGAAAGGUAAUAACUUAAAUAGGAAAUAAAAAUUAAAGAAUAAAUGUUUCAAAAAAUUAGAAGAUAAAUUAAGAAGAGCUUCAAAAAUUAAUCUCGGUAAAAGCCUUUCUUUCUUGAUAUAUAUAGAAAUAAGGUUAAAAGUUGGAAGAUAAACAAUGAAAUAUCACUUGAUGUAACUGAUAUUUUAUUAAAUGAUGUUCCUAAAUAAUUUUUUACAAUCGAUUUAGAUUGGGAAGCAAGUUAACCUCGGGUAGAGAAUAUGAGAAUAUCUUCUUUGAAAAAAGAAAUAGAAGGUUUUAAGUUAACCUAUCUUCACUUUUAGAAUUUAGAUAAUUUAGAUAUUUUGGAUCUGGUUUUUGGUUCUGGAUAUGUUUCUUUAUUGCUAUUUACACUAGCACUAAAAAGGAAAAAGAUGUUAUAAAUUCAAUUACAUUUAGUUGAUCAUCAUCAUCAUGCUAUCAAAUUUUUGAACUGA